AAUCUUUGUUCAAACAUUCGUGUGUCCAUUAACUGUCUGAGCUUUGGAGAGAUAGUUUAAACAAGAUUUUCUACAAAAUGGCUACAGGUCGUGAAAUAAAUAAAGAUAUUCAUUCUGAUGAAGUAUUUGAUGCUUUGUGUUCGAUGUGUAAAAAUCGAGGUAAAACUACCGAAGGUGAAAAGUUUUGUGUAGACUGUCAUGAUUAUUUUUGUAUAAAUUGUGUUCAAGUCCACAGUCAAGUGCCUGUGUGUGUUAGUCACAAGGUGUUGGAUAUAUCACAGGUUAAGCCAGGAACCAAUAAAGAUUUACCGAGAGCACCAACAGAAAGAUGUGACAGACACCUUCAUAAAUACAUUGAUAUGUACUGUCACAACCAUGAUGAUGUCGGCUGUUCUAUAUGUAUGACGAUUGAUCAUAGAUCAUGUAAGGAUAUAUUCUACAUACCAGAAUUUAUCCAAAACAAAUCUUACCAAGUGGCCCCAAGAGAAAUUCAAACAAAGCUGAAGGCAUUAGCAAAGACCCUUACAGUACAAGCUGACAAAUUAAAGCAGGACAAACAUAGGCUGUUGAAAAGAAAGGAGGAGUUACUGAAUGAUAUCAGAAAACUCAGACAAGAAAUUAAUGACCAACUUGACACACUGGAGAAAAGUUCUAUAGAUGAGAUAGAAUAUAAAUCCAAACAUUUUGAAGGCAAGAUUGAAGAGGGCCUCAAACAGCUUCAAGCACUCAAAGCCAAGGUUACAUCAGCUUAUGAUAAAAUGGAAUCCUCAAGCCCAAACCAAGCUGAAUUGUUUGUUUAUUUAACGAUGGGGACAAAUGCUGAAAACAUUGCCAAAAAAUGCACAGAAGAUAUCACAAUGAAGAUUACAGCAGAUUGCAUAGAGCUUCAACCUGACAGAACCCUCCUUCAACAGCUGAAACAAAACAAUACAAUUGGCACACUUAAACAGAAAUCUACAAAAACUGCUGGCACCUUAUUUCAUGUUACAGGAGGCCGCCCAUAUUGUGUCCAAGUUAAGUCGGAUGAAAACAAAUGUCAUAUCAGCAGUUCCUGCUAUAUGGAAGAUGGUACAGUAAUCCUAGCUGAUAACGACAACAACAACUUAAAACGGUUAGACAGUAGCAGUUAUAGAGUCACUGACUACUGUGAACUAUCUGGAGAGCCAUAUCAAAUAUGUAAAAUUAAUGCAACUGAAGUAGCAGUAACAUUACCCUCUCGAAACGAAGUGAACUUAAUUUCUGUAGACAGAGAAAUGAAAACAAAAAACAAGAUUAAAACUGACUUUGAUUGUUACGGUCUCGCAUAUGCAAACAAUCACUUAUAUGUUUCUGAUGAAUUCACAUCAGUGUAUACUUACACAAUGUCUGGAAGGAAACUUAAACAGUUCUGUACUGACCAGUCUGGACAUAAACUGUUCUCUAACAUUAACAGUCUCGCUGUCAGAAAGGACGCUAGAAGGAUUUAUGUUGCUGAUUAUAAUAAAGGAUUGAUAGUACUAGAUGGCAAUGGUGAGAUUGUUACAACAUUUAAUGGAGAAGAAUUACAGGUAGCCACUUGUUGUCAUCUUAUUGAAACAGGUCGGGUGCUGGUAUCUGGAUAUAAAUCCAAUAAUAUUUUGCAGUUUACAUCUGAUGGUAAGCUGAUCGGAGAGGUCAUGAAAGCUGUUAAAGAAAACGAAGGAAUUCUCUCCAUUUGUUGUAAUGCAAAAUUGUCUAAGAUGUGUAUAAGCAGAUAUAAUGAAGACAAUAUUGCCAUGUAUGAUAUCUAGUCAGCUAAGGACAUGAAAACAAACGGAGAUGAUAUAUCCAAUCUCCUCCCAGAGAUCUCGUUCGUUCCUUUCACAGAUCAAUGCAAUGCAAGCCUGUGUGCAAGAGAUUGUACCGUAUCAGCAACGUGUACGGUCUGUUGGAAUAUGAAUAGCGUCUUUUUUUAUUUUUUUGAUUCCCUAUAGAUAAUUUUUUUGAAAACAAAUCUUACAUAAGUACGAUGUUGAAUGUUCGGCAUGGACAACUGGCGUCGGGAUUCGCAAAUACGUACAUUAAGACAGACUGCAGUAUAAUG